AUGCAAGCUGUUUUUUCUUCCCCGUCUCCCGCCCCUGUGACGCCACUGAUGCCGCAGCCGGACAUCACACAGGAGCGUUUUUUGCGUCUUCCGGAAGUGAUGCACCUGUGCGGCCUGUCACGCUCGACCAUCUACGAACUCAUCCGUAAGGGGGAAUUUCCGCCGCAGGUGAGUCUUGGCGGUAAAAAUGUGGCCUGGCUGCACUCUGAAGUCACCGCAUGGAUGGCCGGCCGCAUUGCCGGACGCAAACGGGGUCUUUCCGUUGCCGCAAAAUCGGCAGCCGGGCGUGAGAACCCGUGUAACUCGAAGGCGACAUAUGACGCGCCAUGCGUCUUUUUUUGUGUCGCAAUCAACGCCACAGAGCGCCAGAUUAUGGUGUGGCGUGUGGUUUGCCGUGCAGGUAUGAUCCUGUUCGCAAUCGCAUGUUAUGCCACUGAGUCAAUGGUAGCUCAGGCGGGGCAGCCUCCGGGCUGGCCGGUAUUCUUCGAGGCCGGUAUUCUCACCCCCGUCUGGGCUAUCGCCAUCGAGCGUGAGAACUCCGGCGAUAGC